UUCCCUUCAGCUAGCAUCGUCAUCCGUCACCAUCUUUGCUCCCUCCCCCUCCAACAAACAACAAAAAGGACUCGCCCGUCGUCUAUCGCACCCGCGCGCGCGCUCUUUCCUUCGCUUCUUCUGUAUUCGUAUCAUUCUCGUCCAUCGACUUUCAACGCCAUGGCCCCUCCGCCAAACCCCAAUCUUCCUAUCCAGGAGAGGCUGAUUGCCCUCGCCAAGACCCUGCAGUUCGCUUGGUUCGUUGGACACAUGACCCUAAUUCUUACCACGAUUCGAUAUGGCUUCUCGUGGCUCCGAAUGAACUAUUACUCGGGUAUGGCCCAGUUCUCGUAUCGGACCGCCUUUAUCGCCGCCGCUGCCACCUAUGGUAUUGUCGUCUACAAGACUCUGCGCGCCCGCGCAAAGACUGGCGCUCGCCCUGCUCCCGGCCCUCUGGCCCUCCUUUCGGAUGAGAACAUUCAGUACCUCAUCAUGGCCCUCGUGUGGCUCUUUACUCCCCAGUACCCCCUCGCUCUGCUCCCCUACUCGAUCUACUCGGUUUUCCACGUUGCUACCUACACCCGCGCCAACCUGAUUCCCACCCUCCUUGCGCCCAAGACUGAGCCGCAGCCCGAGGGCUCUUCUCCCAGCCGCCGACCCGUGGUCAACAGCCCCCUCGCUGACCAGAUCGGUGCUUUCGUCAAGGAGUACUACGAUGCUUCCAUGUCCAUUGUCUCGUCGCUCGAGAUUCUUCUCUGGUUCCGCAUUCUGCUGUCGGCCAUCUUCUUCCAGCGCCGAUCUUGGAUCCUGAUUGUCCUCUACACUGCCUUCCUCCGUGCUCGCUACACCCAGAGCAGCCACGUCCAGAACUCGUUCGCCCAGCUCAGCACCCGUGUCGACUCUCUGGUCGCUUCCCAGGGAACUCCCCCUGCCGCGCGCCAGGCUUGGCAGACGGCCAAGGAGGCUGCCAGGCAGUUCCACGAUGCCACCGAUGUCGGUAAGUACGUCAGCGGUCCGGCCAAGAAGACCUCAUAA